AUGGAUUUUGUGAAGAUACCAAACAGUGCUUUAGCUUUUUAUGCAAAAAUAUAUUGCAAAAAAAAACGUAUAUCUAAAGCAAAGAGUACCAGGGUAUUAAUUGAAGCCACAAAAUCUUGGUUGUCAUUAAAUAAAGCUGAGAAGCAAAAAAUUGUAUCCAAAUAUCAAGAAUAUAAAAAUUAUUACAGAAAAGCCUUUGCUGAACACCUAAAGAAAGCUGAACCGUACUUAAAAAAGAAGCUUAAUAAAGAGGAAUUUAUAAGAAAUAAUGUACAAAUAGAUAGCAACUCUACUAUCCAUAAAGAUGAAAUUAUAAAUUUAAAUACGGAUCAACCUCAAGAAUUUAAUUAUGAAUUAUCAAGUGAAAAUGCUAAUAAUAUUGUAAAAUCACCUUUACCUCUACAAAAUAAUACAGAAAACGUAUCACUAUCUUCAAUUAAUGGUUAUGGUGUUGAUGAUAUGCAACAUCAUGUUGAUCAAGUUUUAGAACCAGCUCCUCCAAAACUCAUGACAGGAAAGGAAUUGUUCGAUAUGAUUAAUGAAAAUCAUGAUAACUCUUGGAAAAACUUGACAGUUAAAGAAAAAUGUAGAUAUUCAAAUGCCGUUCUUACAAUAAAAAAAAAUUACCUCAAAGAAUAUAAGAACUAUUUAGAGCAAUUGUCAUCAGAGAAAUUAUAUCAUCAUUACCAUAAAAGCAUAAUUAAAAUA